UGUGUCAAAAAAAAAAAAAAAGAAAAGAAAACAUGGAAACAUGGAAAUAAGCUUCCAGACUGAAAAGGCUGAGUAUGAUGAAUUUUUAAAUAGCUGCACCAAGGUACAAUAUGGCUGCAUUUCAGAAAAAAGAUCCUACGAUCUUCCAGAGAAAAAAACAGAUCCCAUAAAAAGAAUCUAGAAUCACAACAGCAUCAAACUUCAUAGCACUACUGAAAGUGAGAAGACCAUAAAGCGUUUAUAAUUUCCAAAGAAAUAUGACCUCCAACAUAAAUUUUAUAUCUAGUCAAGCUACCAACAAGUGUGAGAGUAGAAAGGAGAAGAUUCAGACAUGCAGGACCUCAAAAAAGCCCCUCUCCGCACUGGGCCCUUUACAUAAAGCCUCUGGAAGAGGUGCUCCACUAAUGUGUUGAGAAGGGAUUUAUAUUUCUGUCAGAGUUUAGGGAUGAAUUAGUGAUUGAUAUUCAAUGAAUCAAGCUAAAAAUAAAAAGGAAGGAAGGAAAGAAAAAAUGACAAUUAUUAUAUCUAGGGAAAAUUUAUACAAGGAAGUACAUAUGUAUAUGUGUACAUAAUAUACAUAUGUAAUAUGUAAUAUAAUGACACAGACAAUAUACUGGGUGCUAAUUUUUUCUUCUUUUGGUAACAUUCACCUCUACUUCCUUCUGGACACACCUGAGGGUUGGAGGAAGCUGGAGGCCUGGAAACUACAUUUCCCACAAUCCUCUUGUCAGUGGGGUUGUGGUUUAAAUUCUACCAAUGCAAGUCAUUCACUCAAGAUUAGGACAAUGGAAGAAAGUGUGGCACUCCUGCCCUUGGCUGUGACUGGUUCCUUGGUUCAGAGGCUCUGUGGUUCAACUUUUGUAAUCUACCUGGCAGCAUGGAGAGAGGUAUAUGAGUGACCAAAAGCUGCAAAUAAAGACGGAGAGAGAGCAGUGCCAACUGGGAACAGGGCAAGGAUGCCAAUUCCUCCUCCCCCUCCACCCCCACCUGGUCCUCCCCCACCUCCUACUUUUAAUCAGGCAAACACAGAGCAGCCCAAGCUGAGUAGAGAUGAGCAGCGGGGUCGAGGUGCCCUCUUACAGGACAUUUGCAAAGGAACCAAGCUGAAGAAGGUGACCAACAUUAAUGAUCGGAGUGCUCCCAUCCUCGAGAAGUCCAAAGCAAGCAGUGGCGGUUAUGGCUCUGGAGUAGCUGCCCUGCAGCCCAAGGGAGGGCUUUUCCAAGGAGGAGUGCCGAAGCUUCGACCUGUGGGAGCCAAGGACACUUCAGAGAACCUAGCUGGUAAGUCAGCCCUGCAAGUCCCCAGUUCUCGAGCUGCUGCUCCAAGGCCUCCAGUGUCUACAGCCAGUGGGCGUCCUCAAGAUGAUACAGACAGUAGCCGGGCCUCACUCCCAGAACUGCCCCGGAUGCAGAGACCUUCUUUACCGGACCUCUCUCGGCCCAAUACCACCAGCAGUACGGGCAUGAAGCACAGCUCCUCUGCCCCUCCCCCACCACCUCCAGGGCGGCGUGCCAAUGCACCUGCCACACCUCUGCCUAUGCACAGCAACAAAGCCCCGGCCUACAACAGAGAGAAACCCUUGCCACCAACGCCUGGACAGAGGCUUCACCCUGGUCGAGAGGGACCUCCUGCUCCACCCCCCGUCAAACCACCUCCUUCUCCUGUGAAUAUCAGAACGGGACCAAGUGGCCAGUCUCUGGCUCCUCCUCCACCGCCUUACCGCCAGCCUCCUGGGGUCCCCAAUGGACCCUCCAGUCCCACUAACGAGUCAGCCCCUGAGCUGCCACAGAGACACAAUUCUUUGCAUAGGAAGACACCAGGACCUGUCAGAGGCCUAGCGCCUCCUCCACCCACCUCCGCUUCCCCCUCUUUACUGAGUAAUAGGCCACCUCCCCCAGCCCGAGACCCUCCCGGUCGGGGAGCAGCUCCUCCACCUCCACCACCCAUGAUCCGAAACGGUGCCAGGGAUGCUCCGCCACCACCCCCACCAUACCGAAUGCAUGGGUCAGAACCCCUGAGCCGAGGAAAGCCCCCACCUCCACCCUCAAGGAUACCAGCGGGGCCACCACCUCCUCCACCACCACCCCUGAGGAAUGGCCACAGAGAUUCUAUCACUACUGUCCGGUCUUUCUUGGAUGAUUUUGAGUCAAAGUAUUCCUUCCAUCCAGUAGAAGACUUUCCUGCUCCAGAAGAAUAUAAACACUUUCAGAGAAUAUAUCCCAGCAAAACCAACCGAGCUGCCCGUGGAGCCCCACCUCUGCCACCCAUUCUCAGGUGAAGCCUGGCUUGGUCCUGUUCCUCAGGAAAAGGAUGGACCUUCUCUUCUUCUCAGAUGGUCCCUUCCAUUCCCCGGAAACCUGCAUGAGAGCUCCUAACAUGUUUCUCCAGUGCAACCAACCCUAGACUCCAAGCGUCCUCCCAGCUCACCUCCAUCUAUGCAUCUCGUCUCUGGACUUGGUGAUUGGACUCUUGAUAGUGAUAUAGGGUCUUAUACCCUGCAUCUAUCCUUCCUCUAGCAAGGCCUGCUAGCCAGAUGAGGAAAAAGCUUCUGUAUCUCCUGCUUUCCUCUUGGGGAAAGGUGCCUUGUUGUGAUGAAUUAACUUAUUGCUGGGGCAGGGCAGAAUGAUACUCCUUCCUCCUCCUCCCCACUGUGGGGGAAGCCUGGCGGGUAUAUUAUAUUUCAUCAUUUAGCAGUUUGGCAUGGCCAGGACUUCUAGGUGGCAGGGGAGCAUUUUUAGUGAAGCAGGAAAGGAGUUUGCAGAGAAGUGAUCUGUUUUAAAGGUCAGGUUUGGAGAAAGGGCAAGGAAAUGGGUCUCCUUUAUUUUUAGGGGUAUUUUGGUUUUGUUCUCACCCUAUCCCCCAGCCCAGGAAUAAUUUAGACAUAAACACUAAAAACUAAUCAGUUGAACUAAACAUUUAAUAAAAAGAGAGGGUGAAAUAAACUGAGUCAUUUUAGAGCUAGUCAGUUCCUCUGCAGCAAAGGGACCACGAGCCAUUUGAGUCCCUUGGGACUCCCUGCCCCAUUUCCUCAGGGUGCUAGGCUAAGGGAUUUUUCCUCCCCCCAUCCCCCACCUCCCCAUGACUUUUCAAGAGAAAAGUCACUUGUGGGGCAUCAUUCAUUCCUGACUCACAAACCCCAGAAACCUGUGGUGGGAGAGAGGGAGACAGGGCCUUUGCCUGGGCCUUGGCCUUACCCUCAAGCUUGAGUCUGCCUCAGUCUUUUCCAGCUGGCCCUGAGUGGUCAGUGGUUCUUUCAGUCCUUUAGCCCCUGGAGGGUCCUACAGGAUGACAAAGAAGGGAAAGAUGAAGCACCCAUGGAAGGGUCUGGCUCUGUGGGCCACAAAGGACUUUAAACCCUGCUUGUACUGAAGCUCACAGCCCAUCUAACUGAGCAGACUCUUCCUUUCUCCACAACUCUUGCCUUCCCAAUACCGCAGGGGUUAAUACAGUAGAGUAGAGAAGGCUGAGGAAGUAAAUUGAAGCUUAUGGGGAUAUUCAGAGAUUCCUCUAUGCCAAGAAGCACAAAGAUGUUGGUGAGGUGUGCCUCAGUCCAAUAAAUCUUCCUUGGCAGGCAGCAAUAUGUUAUUUCUUCGUCUUCCAGGUCCUAGUUAAAGAGCACAGAGAAAAUGGAGGUUCCUAAUUUAGGUAGGAACUGAGGUUGGAUGAGAAGACAGGGACCAGCAGUAGGGUGGAGCUUCGGGUUUCAAAUACCAGAUGCUUUGCUUUGCUACAGCUAUUGUCACAUGUAGAGGCAGCUCAAAGCUUGGCAUGAGAGGAGGGAGACUGUGGCUGUGUUUUAAAAUGAAUGGGGAAAAUUAGUUUAAAAAUUUCACCAGACACGUCACAGGCUUAAACUGCCUUAGGGACCUUUCCAAUUUAUUGGAUCACAGGCUAAGGAUCUGUGCCUGGUGCCAGGUGAGGGAGGGCUCAACUUGGGUUAUUUGUAUGGAGUCUGCUAUCUUUUGCCAUCCCCUGGACCACAUUGACUCUUGGGGCAAACUAUGAUUAAGUCUCUCACCAAACUUUUUCUAAUCAUGCUUUAUUUAUCAUUCUUCUUUUCAAGUCUGUUAGCAGUUAUCUCCCAGAAGUGUCCCCAGCGUCUGAAGUAGACUGAAAGAGGGGAUGCUAGUGGAGGGGAAAGGGGGGAGGGUAAGUGGUGAUGCUGCAGCAGAGUUCCAGGGUAGAUGCUGACAAGUUACUGAACUUUGACUGUGAAGUCUUCCCAUUUAUUUUUGAAAUGGGAGGUGAUGCCUUUUGUACAAUGUUAUCAAAGUGUGUCUUCCCCCCCCCCUUACUCAUACAUAGAGCAUCAAAAUAUCACAAGUAAAGCCAAACCCCAGCUUUUCACUGGGGCUUAUAUCUUCCUUCCCAUGACCUGCUGCCCCUCAUACCCUCAGCAUUUGGACUGUGUCACAUGGAUACUGAUUAUGUAUUUGUUAUCUUGGCCUCAUGAAAAUAGGCCCAGGUCUAGAUCUAGUCAGAUGGGUUUUCUUCUUCAGAGCAUGUCGAUGACACAGCACUUGUUUAAAUGUCUUUGCCUUAUACAUUAUUUGGUCCCACUGUUAAUAUUAGAUAUAUUAUCAUGUAUAUUUACUAUUGAAGAUGGGAAUGUGAUCCUCAUAGUUACUGGUCUAUUUUGUAUGUUGUAAAAAGCUUAUAAUAUAGGUUUAAGGUGGGCUGGCUACAAGAGCACUAAAACUACUCACCUUUUUAAACUGCUCUUUUUAUUAUCUGCUUGUGGGAAUGUCGUCUCUUCAGUGGAACAUUGGGUGGUCUCAUGUUGAGACUGUUGCCCAGUCCCAUUAAUCCCUUGUCCCCUCCUGGAAGAAAGAGACGUUGCCCAGCUAAGCAUCAGGAAGCUGUAUUAAAAGCCCUUUGUAUGGGUUUGGUUUUGUGAUGUUUUUCCCUAGUGGGAAAAACUUAACAGUUGUUUCAUACCUCCCUAUCUGGGAAGCAGGGCAGUGGCCUCCGGGUUUUUAAAUGAGCUAGGUGCCCCUUUUCCCCCCUUUUUCUCUGGUCACCAAACCUGGACCAAAGCACUUUGAUAUUCCAGGUGUGGUUUUCUCUGUCAUGGGGAUUUGCUCCAGCUGUAGUGCCCUAUCAUUUUCACAGCCUAGGCCAGCGGAGAGAGCCUAGGGCUACCCCAUUCGAUGAAUGUGAGGCUGCUGUCUCCAGGAAUUCAUCCCAGCUCUCCCAACUGGCAAAGACAAGGAAACUAGUCACUGGUCAUUGCACCGGGGGAAUCCCCUCAUCCCACGCUUCCCAACUUGAAAUCCCAAUUUACCUCCAAGGAGAGGUGAGAAAAAAGUUGUAAAUAGACUUGCUACAGAGCAACUCAGGGUUGGGGUGUGUUUUAAUUCUCCUGAUCACUUGAAAUAAUCUGUAGGCCGAGUGCUUAUGGGACUGGGGGAGAAGUGUGACUCCAGGGUUCUUCCCUUCUGUGAAGCUCUGGGGGUGGAGUGUAGGGCAUCGAGGCCCUCUGAUGGCACUACACUGAGCUGUCUGUCCUUCUGGAAACCCAACCUGUGAUCAACUGCAGAUCAGAUUCUUCACAUUCCAAUUGUAGUCUUUCUCUCUCUAUUGAAUCUCAGUCCCUGGCUAAGUGGUCACGGUGGCCUUCUGUUAAGCCACCCUAAUUUUGGGAAUGGGAAGGGAGAGAGGAGUGUCCUUAAAACUCUGCCUUCAAGACUCAUUUCUUAUAAACACAACAAAACAAUCACCUUCAAAACCACAUGCAAAAAAAAAAAAAAAAGAAGAUAGCUGUUUAACCGAAGGAAAGGUUUGGCUCCAUUCAACUCCACGUUCAUUGUGCCUUUACUUGUGUUAGUUUUCUGUGCUUUCUUCUCUCCCCCUUUGAAGCAAUUAAAAUCUUCCUUGAUAA